UCAUAAACAAUCCUGUCAAAAUAGAAUUCAACUCUUUGAUGUACUAUUGUGUAAGAAAUGGAUGAAGAAAAUCAAGAUUCAAACGGUUAUGUUUCCAACGGUAAAAUCAUGAUAUCAUCUAUCGCGAUAUUAUUCCUCGCAUGUUUUAUCGUAGUCUCGUUUCACGUGUACGCGCGUUGGUUUCGCCGCCGCCCUGUCAACCACCGCCGCGUCAACGCCACCUCGACUGGCAUGAUCUUCUCUCAGGGUCUCGAUCUCCGCGUCAUGAAUUCACUCCCAACUUUCAUAUACGAAUCCAAAGGCGGCCAAGAGUCCCCGCUGGAAUGCGCCGUGUGCCUGUCGGAGUUUGAAGACGACGAAACGGGUCGGGUUCUGCCCGACUGCAAGCACUGUUUCCACGUUGACUGUAUAGACAUGUGGCUUCAGUGUCACCGCGACUGCCCACUCUGCAGAGCCCAGGUUAAGUUCCAACCCGGCGCCCGAAACCCGAUCCAGCCCAUUCAAAAUCCGGAUCAAAUAAUCCUAUCCAUCUACGUGUUGGAGGAUGCGGGUAGUUCCGGGUCGAAUACUGAAUUACACCACACGUGCGAAAACGAUGGGAUUCUUCAUACGGUCUGUUCAUCUUCUUCGCCGACGUUGGAUGUUACAGGUCAACUGCCAGGUCAAACGGGGCAAGAUCCGACCAAAAUUGAAGGUGUUUCGAAUUUGGAUCCGAAUAUUGGCCCGGAUAUUGAAUCCGGACCCAACUCAACCGUUCGAGUGUUAAAGAGGCUGUUCAGCAUUUAAAAUGUGGGCUUAGAUUGUCAGUAGUAAAACCUUUGUAUAAUUUGGGCUUCUUAAAUUGGACCGUUAGCCAAUGUUUAAGGCCCAAAAAGCCCAUUUUUCAGUAAUUCUCAUAUAUUUAUUAUUGGGAAAAAUACAGUUUUCACCCCUCAAAUGUUCUCCAAUUCAACAUUUGGUCUCUCAUAUUUCAAAAAUUCAAUAUUUUUAGCCAUUCCCAU